CCUGGAUCCCGGUUCUCUGCCUUGGUGUCUGUCUGCUGCUGCUGCUGCCAGAGCCCGCGGGCAGCGAGGGAGCCGGAGUUGCAGAAUUUUCCUUGGGCUGUGUGACCUUGGGCAAAAUAACCCCAUGGCUUUAAUUACUUCAGCUGAAAAAUGAAUGAUUGAGCUAAAUGACGUUCUGUAAAGUGAAACAUCUUUUUACUGUUCCCAUCGCUAUCACGUGCUUUACCAGAGGCCUGGACAUCAGGAAAGAAAAAGCAGAUGUGCUCUGUCCAGGGGGUUGCCCUCUGGAGGAAUUCUCUGUGUUUGGGAACAUAGUAUAUGCUUCUGUAUCAAGCAUCUGUGGUGCCGCCGUCCACAGGGGGGUAAUCAGCAACUCAGGGGGACCCGUACGAAUCUAUAGCCUACCAGGUCGAGAAAACUAUUCCUCAGUAGUUGCCAAUGGCAUCCAGUCUCAGACGCUUUCCAGAUGGUCUGCUUCUUUCACAGUGACAAAAGGCAAAAGUGGUACCCAGGAAGCCACAGGACAAGCAGUGUCCACAGCACGUCCAGCAAUAGGUAAACGACUAAAGAAAACACCGGAGAAGAAAACUGGCAAUAAGGACUGUAAAGCAGACAUUGCAUUUCUGAUUGAUGGAAGUUUUAAUAUCGGGCAACGCCGAUUUAAUCUACAGAAGAAUUUUGUUGGGAAAGUGGCUCUAAUGUUGGGAAUUGGAACAGAAGGACCGCACGUGGGCCUUGUUCAAGCCAGUGAACAUCCCCAAAUAGAAUUUUACUUGAAAAACUUUACAUCAGCCAAAGAUGUUUUGUUUGCCAUAAAGGAAGUAGGUUUCAGAGGGGGUAAUUCCAAUACAGGAAAAGCCUUGAAGCACACCGCCCAGAAGUUCUUCACAGAAGACACUGGAGUGAGAAAAGGGAUUCCCAAAGUGGUGGUGGUGUUUAUUGAUGGCUGGCCUUCUGAUGACAUCGAGGAAGCAGGCAUUGUGGCCAGAGAGUUUGGUGUCAAUGUAUUUAUAGUUUCUGUGGCUAAGCCUAUCCCUGAGGAACUGGGAAUGGUUCAGGAUGUUGCAUUUGUUGACAAGGCUGUCUGUCGGAAUAAUGGCUUCUUCUCUUACCACAUGCCCAGUUGGUUUGGCACCACAAAAUACGUAAAACCUCUGGUACAGAAGCUCUGUACUCAUGAGCAAAUGAUGUGCAGCAAGACCUGUUAUAACUCAGUGAACAUCGCCUUUCUAGUUGAUGGCUCCAGCAGUAUUGGAGAAAGUAAUUUCCGCCUCAUGCUUGAAUUUGUUUCCAACAUAGCUAAGACUUUUGAAAUCUCAGACAUUGGUGCCAAGAUAGCUGCCGUACAGUUCACCUACGAUCAGCGCACAGAAUUCAGUUUCACUGACUAUAGCACCAAAGAGAAUGUCCUAGCCGUUAUCAGAAACAUCCGCUAUAUGAGUGGUGGGACAGCUACUGGUGAUGCCAUUUCCUUUACUGUUAGAAAUGUGUUUGGUCCCAUGAGGGACAGUCCCAACAAGAACUUCCUGGUAGUUGUCACAGAUGGGCAGUCCUAUGAUGAUGUUCGAGGGCCUGCUGCUGCUGCACAUGAUGCAGGUAUCACCAUCUUCUCUGUUGGUGUGGCUUGGGCACCUCUGGAUGACCUGAAAGAUAUGGCCUCUAAACCAAAGGAGUCGCAUGCUUUCUUCACAAGAGAGUUCACAGGAUUAGAACCAAUUGUUUCUGAUGUCAUCAGAGGCAUCUGUAGAGAUUUCUUAGAAUCCCAGCAAUAAAUGGUGACAUUUUGACAACUGAAAGAAAAAGUGCAAGGGGAUAUAAUGUAUAAGUUGUUUCUAGUAAUACUGAAAUAUAUAGCAUACUAAGAUCAGACACAAAACUAUUAUACUAAAGAUGGCAAAAAUGUAAGCAAAUAAGCAUUCAUUUAAAGCUACCUUCUAAUUACAGUUCAGACUCGAUUGUUCAAAACACUCUGCUGAGGCUUCAUAAUCACGAACCUUAGAAACUCAGGAAAGAGGAGAUAUCGCAGAUUAAAAUUUUAAGAGUUCUAUUUUAACAUGCAUAUUAAAUGUAUACAUAUGCAAAUUCUAUAGCUCAAUAAAAGCAGCUGAUAUUUAGACCAAAAGCAACAUUCCUUCUCUAAUUCUGUAUUACACAUAUAAGGAAAAUGAAAGAGAAACACAUAUAAGGAAAAUGAGAAACAAAUAGAAAACAGCUCAACUUAGUUCAAAUAUAUAUUGACCCAAGUAGAUGUUGUCUUAAAACCAGUCAACAAUCUGGUUUUAAGAUGUUACUUAACAUACUAAAAGUUACUUAACAUACUAAAAGUUAUAAUUACAGAUGAAAUGGAAGCGAUUUAGGUUAUCAAGCCUCUUUUGUAGUGUACCUUCAUGGUAACAACAAAUAUCACACUGAACAAGACAGAAGAAUUGCCUGGUAUUUUUCUAUUUAUAGCCUUAAUUUUAUAUGUGUAUUGAUAUAUUUGGCUUAUACUCUAAAAGUCAACCAUGUAUUGAAAAAAAUAUUAAGUUGGUAAAUUUUUACUUACCACUUAUAAACACUUAGCUUUAAAGAAAAGCACACCUUUCAAAGAGAACUGCAGGAAAGAAUAUUUUACUUUGACUAUUUAAGCAAUAAAACUGCUAGUGACUAUUAUUCUAAGGUGCCUUACUUCUUAUUAUUCCAAGUGUCUCCCCCUAGGGCAUGGUAAAAAUUCUAUUGAUACAUUAACCACUUCGUGUGGAAAGACCGAGUUUUUUUCUUAAAAUCAUGCAAUAAGACUAAGUAUAUUUAUUUUCUGUUCCAAUUACUUAUUGAAUGCCUACUGUUCUAGGCAUUAUGCACAGCCAGUACCAGGUUAAACAGUUGAUUACUUGGUUCAACAAAGUUGUUUUGUAAUUAAUAGUAUUUUUACUUAAACAUCCUUGUGAAGUUGGUUCCUAAGAAAAGUGAUCAAAACUCCCUUUAUGUAACUAUCAUUACCUCACCAAGAACUCUGCUCUCCGACGGAAGUGCUGUCAUAUCUUAUCCUGCCUGUCUUCUCUAAGGACAGGAUCUAUCCUCUCUCUCAUUCAUCUGCACACUCUAUUUCCCAUCACACAUACACUGAUCCUAUCUGAAAUGGUUUACAACCAGUUGACCUGAAAAAGGUGUUAACUGGUUGGAAAACUUAUACUCCAACAAAUCUUUUGAGGUAACCAGGGAAGCUAAUAUUUUGACUUAAAGAGCAGCAAGAGAGUAGAAGUGAACACUUUAUAUUUAAGUUACUGUUAAUUAUUUUUUAGAACUAAACAUAAUCAAGAUAAAGGGUUAACAACUAAAAAUAGAGUAAAAGAGGAUUUUUUAAAAGAUAUAAUUCAGCUUUGCAAGCAUGCCUA